AUAACUUCGUUUGCUUCAAUAAAAUUAUGGCAAUACUUCUCUUUUUAAUUGUUAGUUUGUGCAUCCAGUGUUAUGAAGUUAAUGGAGGAAGAAUACACCACCAAGAUAAACAACUUCAGUCACAUGACUACCAAAACUUGCAGCCUUCAAUAGAUGAUUCUUUUGAUUGUGUUGAUAUGUACAACCAACCUGCUUUUCAACACCCUUUACUCAAAAAUCACAAAAUCCAGCUCUUCCCAACUUUUCUGAGAACCACCAUGCAAAAUAGAUCAAGUUCCCUCAGUAAAGCUAUUAAAUAUCAGAAUUUCAUCAGAGAAUGUCCUCCAGGAAAAGUGCCUAUUUUAAAGACCACAACAAGGCAAAAGAUGGUUACCAAGUCAUCUUCAAAAUCGCAACUUGAUGGUUUUAAUGAAUACUCUGAAAGUAACCCUGGGCAUCAUUUUGCUACCCUUGAAACAACCCAAGAUAUGAUGUUUCAUGGAGGAAGUGCAAGAAUCGGCGUGUAUAAUUUAUCGCUUCAAGAAAACCAAUACAGCAUAUCUGGAAUUUGGAUUCAAAGUGGUCCACCAGCAGAACUCAAUAGUAUACAAGUCGGAAGUGAUGUUCACCCAAGCUUAUAUGGAGACCAUCAAAUACGUAUAACUGCAUAUUGGACAGCAGAUGGCUAUCAAAAAACAGGAUGUUAUAAUUACUAAUGCCCAGGUUUUGUGCAAGUCCAUCGAGGAACUGGCUUUGGAGGAGUCCUUCAGUACAGCUCUAAGAUUGGAUCGCUACAUAAAUUUGUUUGGAGUGUCAAAAUCAAACAGGAUAAAUCCACAGGUAAUUGGUGGUGCAUUGGUGGGAAAGACAAUGUGGCACUGGGGUACUGGCCUAAAAAAAUAUUUACUCACUUAAGUCAGGGUUCAUCGUUAAUUAAAUAUGGCGGUGAAACCUAUGCUCCAUCCAAUAUGAUUAGUCCCCCAAUGGGCAGUGGUAGAUUGCCUAAGGAGUUAUUCAAAAACUCUGGUUUCAUUUCAAAUCUUGAGAUUGUCGAUUCAAAUUACAAUGAAGUCGAAGUGAAACCCAAGGAGAUGAAGUCAAAUUGUGAUACAACACCUAAUUGUUAUGACGUGUUGUACCGUGGUUAUGAAGGAUCUUUAUAUCGACAAGCCUUUCUCUUUGGUGGGCCAGGUGGAAAAUGUGGUAUAUGAUUAUAUUUAAAACUU